AUGGGUGAUCCAUUUGCUACCUUAUUAUCUAAUUUUAAAGGAGAAAAGAAAGAAUUGGUUCAAAGCUCUCCCCGUAAUGCUUCUUUGAAUGCUAUUUUAUGCGAAUCCUCUUCGAAGUCUUUUGAAUCUUCCUCCGCCUUGGACAAGUUACAAGUGCAGGAUACAUCUAAGAAUGCCAAAACUGUGCAAUAUGACCCAGAAAAUGCUUUUAGUGAACGAAAUUCGGCAGAUGAUAGUUUAAAUGAGCUCUUUUGCUUGCGUGAUUCUGCUUCACCGUUGCCACCUCCUGAAAAGGAAUCUAUUGCCUUUGAUUUUGAUACUACGGUACGUGAUUUAAACCCAGCUAAUUUGAAUGAAGCUAUGUGGGGCCUAGAAGGUCCUUUAUUGGAAGGUGUGCAUGGGAUGGAGUCUGAGCCAAUAAAUGCCCGUGGAAUAUCCACCGAAGAUGCUAACUCAUGUUAUGAUCAAGGACUUUUUUACAUUGAUGCCCAAGAAGUUCUUCAGAAUGGUAAGAAAUUUCAACAGAGAAAUGGCUUUACUGCAGGCCAGAGAUCAGAUUCUGAUAACGAUAGAGUAUUUACUUUCAGAAAGGAUAAUGAAGAAGAGAAUUUGAUAUCAUUUGCUUCAAACUUGUUUACAAAGGGCCGGGACUUGGUAGAGAAUAAGAUCAAUAAAACCUUCGAAAAUAUAGGGAACAGAAGGUCUACGCCCUUCGAAUUCAAACUGUUUUCCUCAGAGAACACAAACUCAAGAAGCCAUACUAAUAAAUAUGAACCAGAACUAAGCCGUGAUUCCUCUAAUUCAGAUUAUAUUUCCAAGAAAUUCGACGGUCUCAGUGUAGAUGAAGAUAAAGGUAACCCUUGUUUGAACAAAGAAGAAAAUUAUGCAGAUCUUCUAAGCCAUGCUUUUCUUGAUACAGGAGAUACAGAAGCCAAAGAUAGAAUAUGGGGGCAAAGUCAGAACGUUCACUCACAGGAAUCGCUAUAUUCAGCAGAAGAUGGGAAAUUGAUCGAUUUUGAUACGGAAGAGGCGCCACCACCAGCUUCAAAGGUAAGUAGUCAUUAUGUACCCAUUUCUCAAAUUGAAAUGUCUGGAUAUCAGGAAUUUAACAUCAAUGGUAAGCAAUAUUUCAGAAACGGAGAUUACCAUAAUGCUCAUCAACAGUAUAUCAAGUCACUAAACACUUUACCCGUUGGCCACCCCUUACGCAUCGUUGCUUAUUCUAACAUUAUUACAACACAAUUAAAGAUUGGUGAACACACUGAAUCGUUAAAAAAUAUAGAAAAGGCAUGUGACUUAUUGGAUGGAAGCUCGUUAGAUGGAAUAAUUCAGGGAACAAAUCCUCCAAAGACUUAUAAAGAAUUUUGGAAUAAAAUUAUUUCAAAAAAAGCAGAGGUUUUGGAAUACUUAGAGCACUAUGAUGAGGCAUUAGCUGUUUACCGCUGUUUAAUAUCAAAAGGCGUAUUUGAUAAGAAGAUCAUCGAGGGUAAAACUCGGUGCCAAAAGCAUUCUAAAAUCACAAGCGAGCCAGCUACUGAAGAUUCCGCUCUUGCUCCGGUACAAAAGGAUAAGGUACCCAAAUCCAAUAAUUCGUCCAUACCUGAACGAAGAAUUCGAUCCCAAAAGGCUGAGGAACUUAUAAAAAAACGCCAAGAGAUGAAGGAAUUGGAAAAACAAAAAUUUCGAUUACAUGACAAAGUCCACUCCAAAAUCCAGUCUUGGAUUGAUGGUAAGGAGACUGAUUUACGUCACUUGCUGAGCAGAUUAUCCUUAGUGCUGACAUGGACUAAUUGGAACCAUAUAGGUGCGAAUGAUCUAGUUAUUCCUAAGAAAGUGAAGAUCAUUUAUAUGAAAGCGAUCAGUAAGGUGCAUCCCGAUAAGGUUCCUUCCACAUUGGACUUAGAAAGCAAAAUGCUUGCGGAAGAUAUAUUUAGCGUUUUGGGUAAUGCAUGGAAUGUAUUCAAGUUAAAUAAUGAUAUUAACUAG